CAAAGAAGUGUCCUAUCGGCUGGAUGCUAUUUAUGGACUGCUGUUAUUUGAUCGUGUAUGAAAAGACGACAUGGGAAAAUGCUGAAAAUGAAUGUCGAAAGGAAUAUGGAUCAUUAGUAAGCAUUGAAAAUAAGGAAGAGAACUCCUGGUUGCAAUCUUUAAUCACAGAUGAUGCAUGGAUUGGUUUAAAAGAUCCCUCCAUGAUUGGAUCGUGGGUUUGGAGUUAUGACAAUUCUAAAAUAACGUUUGAGAACUGGGGUCCACUACAACCAAAUGGCGAUGGCUAUUGUGCAUGUUUCUGUACAAACACAUGUUCAUGGAACGAACAUUACUGGAACGACAGACCAUGUGAUUAUCCAACAGGAUACAUCUGUAAAAAAAGCAUCAUUAAUUGAAUUGGGGAAAAUAUAAAGCAAUCUUUUCAAACUUUGAUAGAAAGUGGCAGUUUUAAUAAGUCAAUGUAACAUGUGAAAUAAUAUCAAAUGAAAUCAUUUCAGCAAAUAUAUAA